GGAAGCCGUAUUGUUUCCUACCUUACUAAUGUCUCUGAUCAGAUGGUAUCUUCAUUUCGAGUGGUGAGACUUAGCUGUCACUGGAUGCAUAACGGACUUUGUUAAAGUAGCAGGAAUAAAAUAAUGGAGACCCUCACGGCCGUGAUGAAGAGCAUGGAUGCGUCUGUUGAGACCACAGUGUUCGACUAUGAGGAUUCAGUGCCAUGUGAAAAAGUCAACAUCAGGGAGCUGGGAGCCCAGUUCUUGCCCCCGCUGUACUCCCUGGUGUUCGUGGUUGGUCUGCUGGGCAAUGUGGUGGUGGUGGUCAUCCUCACAAAAUAUAAGAGGCUCCGGAUUAUGACCAACAUCUUCCUGCUCAAUUUGGCCAUUUCUGACUUGCUCUUUCUAGUCUCUCUGGUAUUCUGGAUUCACUAUGUUAUGUGGAACAAGUGGGUUUUUGGUCCCUUCAUGUGUAAACUCCUCUCUGGGCUUUAUUACAUGGGCUUAUAUAGUGAGAUCUUUUUCAUCAUCCUGCUGACCAUAGACCGGUACCUGGCCAUCGUCCACGCCGUGUUUGCCCUACGAGCCCGGACUGUCACUUUCGGUGUCAUCGCGAGUGUUCUAACCUGGGGCCUGGCAGGGCUAGCAACCGUCCCUGAAUUUAUCUUCCAUGAGUCCCAAAAGGAGGCCUCCCAACAUGUCUGCAUGCCUCUUUACCCAAAAAACCAAGAAGAUAGAUGGAAGCGUUUCCAUGCCCUGAGAAUGAAUAUCUUGGGUCUUGCUCUGCCUCUGCUCAUCAUGGUUGUCUGCUACUCUGGAAUUAUUAAAACACUGCUGAGAUGCCCCGGCAAGAAAAAGUACAAGGCCAUCCGGCUCAUUUUUGUCAUCAUGGUGGUCUUUUUCAUUUUCUGGACACCCUACAACCUGGCCCUCCUCCUCUCUGCUUUUCAAACAAUCUUCUUUGAGACAAACUGUGAGCAGAGCAAACAGCUGGACGUGGCCAUGCAGGUGACAGAGGUGAUCGCCUACACGCACUGCUGCGUCAACCCUGUCAUCUAUGCCUUCGUCGGGGAGCGGUUCCGGAAGCAUCUCUGCCACUUCUUCCGCAGGCACGUGGUCACCUACCUGGGAAAAUACAUCCCGUUCCUUCCCAGCGAGAAGUCAGACAGAGCCAGCUUCUCUGUAUCCCCAUCAACAGGGGAGCAGGAAUUCUCAUUUGUAUUUUAAGACAGAUGCAGAAAAUGACCUAAUGUGCUGGACCCAAGGAGCAGAAGCAUUAUGUCGAUCACAUUGACCUCAACACUGGCCCUUAAACUUCCAGCUCAAUGCUGAAACUCUUUAAGACAUUAAAAUAUAUACACAAUGGGGUCAGUAUAUAUGCGUGGCCCAGGCAUUACCAGGGGUUGCUGGCCAGUCCGUUCACUUACUGUCUACCACAAGAGGUAGAGCUUUGCUUGGUUCUCUGAAGAGUUAUAUACAUUGUAAUGCCCCCGAGUGUUAGAGAGUUACAACAUUCGGCUACCUACAGGUAAAUCCUUUUAAAUUUAAACCUUAACUUCAGCCAGCUAUUGCAUAAAUGAAACAUAUUUCACAAAAUACAAUGUAUCAAUCACAAUCCUUUUAACAUGACUAGCUCUCCCCUUGCUUGAUGAAAAGGCUUUUUUCUUUUCAUUUUUUUAGUGUAUAUGUACUCUCAAGCAGCAUAAUGGCAUGCCAUCCUUGUUCCGAGUAUUUUUUUUUAAGGAUUUUAUUUUUAAAUAAUUUCCAUACCCAACAUGGGGCUUGAACUCACAACCCAGAGAUCAAGAGUUGCAUGCUGUGCCGACUGAGCCAGCCAGGUGCCCCCCCACUUUCAAGUGCGUUUAUUAGUAAAUGGAUUUCCUGUUUAUACCAAAUGACCAGAUUUCUUAUGAGCAACUCAGUAGAAGAAAAGCAAUUUGAUAUUUUCAGUAGAGAGAAUAAAGACCUUGCUCGCUGAGACUUCUUGGAGUCCUGAAAUGUGCAGACACUGUCCUCUUAAACACCAGGCUUACCAUUCAUUCAACAACUGUGUACCAGGUGAUACAGACAGGAUGCACCAACAUUGCUCUAAGUCAAGUGAAGGAUGCAAAAAGUGUGUAAGAUAAACACAGUCCUUGCCCUGUAAAACAUCUGCUAGGGGGUGUGAAACAGAAGCAAAUAACUCCAGAACAAAAAGAAACAUCCUCAGUGCUCUCCCUGGGCCAGGAAGGGAGAGACCAUUUUUAGUUGGAAUCUGAGGGAGGAAGACUUCAUUGAAGAAGUGGCUUUUGAGUAGGUCUUUGGAAAUAGGGCAGGAUUUGGAAAGGGAGAGGAUUCGGGAAAGACACUGAAGCCAGUGGGAUGCCCAGUACAAAGGUGAGGGGGGAGAUCAUGAACAUGGAUGGACAGGAGGGUGGGAUGGCAGGUUGGGAUGGGCCACGGAUUUCAGGCAAGCAUCUUGGGCUUUUUUGGGAAGACAAAGGGAGCUACUGAAGGGUUUAGAGCAGGGGAUGAGAAUAAUCACAUUAGGAGUGAUUAUUAGAAGGAAGGAAGUUAGGAAGAUAAAUCCGGUAACACAGGAUGAAGUAGAGACCCCAGAACCAUGCAGGGAGUUGGUUAGAAGAGAAGGGCACAUAUGAGGCAAGGAGAGAUCAGUGGGUAUAAGAGAGGUGCCAGAAGAACUUAGAGAGGAAUUCAGCCCAGAGACAGCAGUGAAGAAAGGUCAAAGCCCCAGGAGUGAUAUAAAAUUCACUGGAAAAAAAAGCAAAGACAAAACAGCAUGUAUCCUAUGUUAAAAAAAAAAGGGGGGGUGGAUAAACAGAUUAUUCGCUGUGUUUUGGGUGCAUUCCCCAUCCCUUAAAAAAAUAGUAAGGAAACAGCAAAGUUUGGUUAUCUUUAGGGAGGGAUGAGGAUGGAGAAUAGAAGUGUGACUUUUUUCUGCCUUGUGCCUUUUGGCUUUUGAACUAUGGGAACAUGUUAGCAAUUAAAAACAUAAACAAAACUUUAGAAUCAUAUAUUUAAAAAAAAAAAAAAAAAGCUAGGCUACUUUUCUGAUGUGGUAUCCAUUCUACCAGCCAAAAGGGCUUUGGAAACUCUGAAGUACCUUUUGUCUUUUUUGUGGUUCAGCCAGAAUGUAAAUAAAGCAAUCAUCUGAAGACUUAA